AGUUAUGUCAGUUUCGCUUCUGUUAUUCUCUCUGGACAAAAAUCUCUUGAAGAGAAGAGCCAGAAACAGGGAUUGGGUCUGGCUCCUAAGCCAGAAUGGGGGACCAGCCCACGAUGGAGGAGAGAGAGCCAGCCAGCUCAAGCUCCCACUUCAAUGCGGCUCACCAACACAUCACACUGAAGCCUCAAGAUAUCUGGAACUAGAUGUCCUGUAGACACCUUCAACUCAACACAACCAAAGCUGAACUCAUCAUUCUUCCACCCAAAUCCUCCCAUCUUCCCAACUGCUCUAUUAUUAUCAAGGGUACUGCUAUCCUCCCAGUUCCUCAGACUUAUAAUCUAGGUGUUAUCAUGAACUCCUCAGGUCUGUACUCCAAGACCAAGGACAUCUCAUCCCUCAGGACAUCAAGGAUGGUUUCAGUUAUCCUCAUCUGUCUGAUCAUAACUCUGGUGGCUACUAUUGUUGUGUAUUUCCAACUAUUCAGUCCAAUUUUCAAGUUUGGUUCUAAGAAUAUUAGCACCUGGAAUGCUGAAUUCCAGAUGCUUAAAAAUGUCCCGGAAAAUGCAAGCAUCUUAAAUUCCCAGGCCCUGGUGACAAGAGACAGUUUGGACAAUGCUAGUAUUGAGAUCAAGAUGUUAAAAGAAGGUCUGAAAAGCACCAGCACUCAGACACAGGUGACACAUGAAAGUUUGAGAAACAUCAGUACUCAGCUCCAGAUGUUAAGAAAAGAAAUGGAGACGGUCAGUGACUUAAAUGCACAGGAUCAAAGGCUAGAUGGUCAGUUGGGAAAUGCUACUGCAGAGAUCCAGAUGAUAAAAAGAAAUCUAAAGAAUGUUGAUACCUUAAAAUCCCAGUCCCAGAUGUUAAGCCAUGAUCUAGAAAAGGCCAGUGGAGAGAUAAAGACUUUAAAGAGAGAUCUAGAAAAGGCAAGUGAGUUAUAUUCCUUGACUCAGAUGUUACAAAGUGGUCUAGAACUUUCCAAUGCUGAGAUCCAAAUGUUAAAAACUAAUUUGCAGGGCAACAGCACCUUAAGGUCCCAGGUCCAAAUGUUACAAGGCAAUUUGGAAAAAAACAAUGCUGAGUUGCAAAGACUGAAAAAAGGUUUGGAAAAUGCUAAUACUCUUCAUGCCCAGGCCCAGGUGUUAAGAAACAAUUUGGAAAGCACCAAAGCCGAGAUCCAGGUAUUAAGUAAACAUUUGGAAAAGACCAAUGCUGAAGUCCAAAUGUUAAAAAUGGGUCUAGGAAAUGCCAAUAUUCAGGCACAGGUAGCAAAUAGCAGCCUGAAGAAUGUCGGUGAUCAGAUCCACAUGUUAAAAGGAGAUUUGGGGUCUAUCAGCACCUUGAAGUCAGAGGUCCAGCUAUUGAAAAGUCAUUUGGAAAGAGCUAACAAAGAGAUCCAGAUGCUGAAAGAAGGUCUGAAGAAUGCCAACACCUUAGCUUCCCAAACCCAGACAUUAACCAAAGAAUUAGCAAAAACCAAUGGUGAGAUCCAGAGGUUAAAACUAGCUUUAGAAAGAGCAAGCCAGAUCCCGGGAUUAAGAAGUGACUUGAACAAAGUCAAUGAAGAGAUACGGAAGGUAAAGCAAAGACUGGCUGGUGUCAGUACUCCAAAUGAUGAAAUCCCGAAGUUAAAAAGCCAGUUAGAGACGAUAACCCAGCAACAGCAAAUGGUGCAAGAGCGCUUUCUGCGGCUAAUGAUCCAAGGCUGGCGUUUCUACAACGAGAAGGCGUACUACUUUUCAAUUGCCAAAAAGUCUUGGGAUGAGGCUGAGGAGUUCUGUGUGUCCCACGACUCUCACCUGGCCUCAGUGACCUCAGAAGAAGAACAGGAGUUUCUGGUAAAGGAAACAAAAGGAGUUUAUCACUGGAUAGGCCUGACAGACAAAGGAACUGAAGGCAUCUGGCGCUGGGUAGAUGGAACUCCUUAUAACAGUGCGAAAAGCAAAGGGUUUUGGAACAAGAAACAACCAGACAACUGGAACCACGGUAAUGGGGUACGAGAAGACUGUGUCCACUCUAUGGAGAAGUGGAAUGACAUGACAUGUCAAACACCUUAUCCCUGGAUUUGCAAGAAGGUGCUUCACCCAACUUAGGGCUUCAAUCUCUUCCCCACCCCCAUCUCCAGCAAUCUCCCAACAAAGGAGCAAUCAGGCUUUCACUUCUUCCACCACAAUUUCAAUUCUUUUCUCAAAAAACUAGGAUAAACCUAAAUUCUAGGGAUGUUGAACUUGGAGUCAUUAUGACCUGAGUUUGAAAUCUGCCUUAAAUGUUUACUGUAACCAUGAUCAAGACAUUUAAUUACUCUGUGCCUCAGUUUCUUCAUCUGUAAAAUGAAGGAGUGGGAUUUCACUCUAUGUGAACAGCUCUAUGUUCAUGACCUUGAGUCAAAUCAAGCCUACCUACUCUGUCACCACCACAGCUCACAUAACUUUCUCCCUUUUCCAAGCUCCCUUUGGUGUAUACUGACUUUUAUCUAUGUUUUUGACACUCACUGUUACAAUAUUAUACCCUAUGUUCUGUUUCACACAUGCCUAUCUCAUCCCUCAACCAAACUAUGAGCCCUGGCAAGGCUGGGCUCAAGCCUAAGACCAUGUCUGAAGUUCUAGAUUCUGUCCCUAAAAUGCCUUUCACAGUGUCUUGUAUACAUAGAUACACAAUAAAUAUUUACUAAUCCAUUGAGCAAUUUA